AAAACAGAGCACUACUAAACUAUCUUUCUCACAUUUUCAAGAACAUUCUCAAACUAUAACUAUCAAAGGAAAAAGAAGAUGAGUAGUUCUGAUCAAUCCUCGUCGCACAACGUCUUUGUUUAUGGCAGUUUUCAAGAACCAGCCGUCGUGGGCUUGAUUCUUGAAUGCACUCCUGUCAUCGUCUCUGCUCAACUCCAUGGCUUUCACAGGUAUAGACUCAAAGGGCGUUUGCAUCCUUGUAUUGCUCCUCUUGAGACCGGAGUCAUCGACGGCAAGGUGCUAACUGGAUUAACAGAUGCUCAGCUAGAGAAUUUAGAUAUGAUUGAAGGAGAUGAGUACAUGAGGAAGACUGUUGAAGUUUUAUUAACUGACACAUCCGAUAAUAUGCAAGUGGAAGCCUUUAUAUGGGCUAACAAGGAUGAUCCUGACAUGUAUGGAGAAUGGGAUUUCGAGGAAUGGAAGCGGCUUCACAUGGAGAAGUUCAUAGAGGCGUCAGAGAAGUUCAUCGAAUGGAAGAAGAAUCCAGAUGGAAGAUCAAGGGAAGAGUUUGCCAAAUUUGUAGAAGAAGAUCCUCCCGUGGCUUGAAGAACUUGUCGCCCUUUAUCUUAUCUUUAAUUCCAAAUAAAUGAGUGUCAUCACUAAUAAAGUUAUAUAAGAGGCUUUGUGAGUUAGGAACACUAAUAAGAUGUUGUAUUGCAUUUGUAUUCAUUUAUGAAACAAGAGUGGUAUGAUCAUUUUUAAUGUA